UGCAACAUCUCGUGUUCUCAAACUGCAAUUUUAAUGUGACUUUAAGAAAAUACAAACCAGCGCAUUUAUAUCAGGUAUAUCAGACAAGGUUUAUAGGGCAGGAAGUAAUAAAUUUAUUCAACGUUUCCCCUCAAGUUUGAGCUACAGUCCUGUUUUCAUAGGCGUGUGUGUGUUUUGUUCCUCCUGAUACAAGAACUGUUUAAAUCAUUUCAAGUCCAUUGCGCUGUUUAUCCUCUGUUCUCUCUUUUGCAGACACAAUAAUGCAGAUCAAGAAGCAACAAAUAAACACAUUACUUGAUACUAGGGAGAAAGGAACAGGUGAAUCAACAACAUAAAGCUUAUAUUAUUCACAGGAUCACUUACACAGACAAGCAUAAGCACCAUUUUUCCUCUUGACAUAAAAAAAUACAAAUGAGAGAGAAGAAAGUGAUUGAGAAAGAGGCUUAUUUGAAACAUUAAUAUAAGAGCACUAAACCACACUAGAGAGAGAAAAAGUAGAAGUGUCUAAGAGUUUGUGUACAAAAAGAAGUAAAUAAAGUUACAACAUCAAACAAAAGAGGAUGUACACUGACAAACUUGUACAUUCAAACUUCCAGCAUGCUUGUAUGGAUGACUGAUGAAUAGUUUUAGCCCUACAUUUUAAUGCAAAUGUAUUUUUCAUGGGGUUGAGUAAUAUAUUUCACCAGUCUGUGUCCCAUUGAAAAAAAUAACCUAAAGGUAAAUUAAUGUAGGCUAUAAUUUUUUUCAACAAGUCUCAAGAUUGUGUCCUCAAUUGAAGGCCGUGUUUGAACAGUCUUCAGAUGAUGGCACACACACACACACACACAGCCACUUUAUUGCAUUGUUCUUGGCGACAUCUGGCGGCCACGACACACUGAGAAAGAACAAGUGCUUUGACAAAACCUGUGUCAUCAAAUUUGUGUCGGUGACAGUCCUUUUGUGAAUAACAGUAGGCUACUCAUACAAAGGAGGUGUAUAGCCCACGACAGCCCCAGAAAACAAUCGACAACGGUGCCCUGACAUUCGUUUACAGUCACAAAACUGCGUGUUGAGGUGUGAAACCAAAGACAAUAGCUGUCAAGAUGAUGUUACUUCCUAUUUCAAGGCAGAAAAAAUGCAGCCGACUGCUAGAAAAGCUCAAACUGAAAAGCUUUAUCGUAAAAAAAUGUGUUCCUAGCACAGGAGAACGUAUAUACAUGUCGCCAUAGCAACAGGCACCGAAGUUUCCAGUAAAACGACAUUUCCCAAAAUGCACCGCGGGUUCUGGUGACAUCCACGCUACGAUGAGGUGAAACGGUUGUUUGCGUCUCGCUGGUUGUAAUUAGUUCCAUGUAAACUGAGGUUUAACGGCUGCUACAUCGGCGUUAACGCGGUGUCCCCGGUCCGUAGGCUAACGGGUAUCCUCUGAGAUUACUGACAGACGGAGGGUUUCAUCCUCCGUUUCGCUUUCGGUGAGUUUACCGCCAUGUUAUCAUCCGUUCCCACCAGGCUGUUCGUGCGAAGGUCGCGCAGCCUUUCACCGUGCAGCCGCGUACUCCAGACCAGCUCAACCGGCGCCGCAUGCCAGGGUAUCCGGGAGACAGGGGCGGAGACCAACCGCAACCCCAUCGUGUCCACCUCCCGCGUCUCCAGAAGGGGAAUUUUAGCUGAGGAGACCGCAGGUACCACUGUGAACCCGUCGGCGCAGUACCACCACCUCGCCCCUAGAUGGAUCUCCAACCUGGAGAACCGCCGCAGCUCCUGGGCGGCUCUGGCCAGCAGAGGGCGCAAUACCAACCAGUACUGGGAGGAGAGCGGGCAGAGCGGUGGAGGUGAGGGCCGGGACACAGGUGGAAGAGCCAGCCGGGCAGGAGUGGCCUCUGCCAGCCUGUUGUCUGCUGCAGCUGUGGCUUUCUGCCUGAAGAAAGACUCUGAUAACAAAGGUGAUGCUCUCUUGGAGGCAGCAAGGACCAAUAACGCUCAAGAUGUGGCCAGGCUGUUAAAGGAGGGCGUGGACCCAAAUCACCGCCACCGUCUGGGUUGGACCGCUCUCAUGGUGGCUUCCAUGAACCGACAGCACAGUGUGGUGAAGGUUCUGCUGGAAGCUGGUGCCGACCCAAACGCCGGAGAUCACUUCAAUAAUGUUUAUGACACCUCACGGGAGAAAGGCAUCCACUCACUGGAAGUCCUGGUGUCCAGAGAGGAUGAAUUCAGCAGCAGGCUCAGCAGUAGGGCUGGUUUCCGCGGUUGCUCAGCACUUCACUAUGCCACACUGGCUGAUGACCCACGCACCGUUCGCAUGCUGCUGGAUGCCGGUGCCAACCCCAUGCAGAGCAACGGUUUGGGACACACAGCACGGGCCUAUGCUAAAGAGGGAGAAGUGAGCACACUACUGCAGGAGUGGGAGGGCAAGUUCCAGGAGGCGCAGGCUCGGCGGGAGGCGGAGGAGAGAAGGAGGUUCCCCCUGGAGAGGAGGCUGAAGGAGCACAUCAUCGGACAGGAGGGGGCCAUCAAUACCGUGGCUUCAGCCAUCAGAAGGAAGGAGAAUGGUUGGUACGAUGAAGAGCACCCUCUCGUAUUCCUCUUCCUCGGCUCAUCAGGAAUCGGAAAGACAGAGUUGGCCAAACAGGUGGCUCGCUACAUGCACAAGGACAUCAAAAAGGGUUUCAUCCGUAUGGACAUGUCUGAGUUUCAGGAAAAACACGAGGUGGCGAAGUUCAUUGGCUCUCCGCCGGGAUACGUAGGACACGAGGAAGGAGGUCAGCUGACAAAGUUGUUGAGGGCGUGUCCCAACGCUGUCGUCCUGUUUGAUGAAGUGGAUAAAGCUCACCCCGAUGUCCUCACUAUCAUGCUGCAGCUCUUUGAUGAGGGUCGCCUCACAGACGGUAAGGGAAAGACCAUUGAAUGUAAAGAUGCCAUAUUCAUCAUGACGUCUAAUGUUGCAAGUGAUGAAAUCGCCCAGCAUGCACUUCAGCUCCGCCAGGAAGCUGAGGUGGUCAGCCGCAGGAAGCUGGCCGACAAACUCGAGGAUGUACAGAAAGGUGAUGAGAUCCAAAUCUCCCGACAGUUUAAGGAAUCAGUGAUUCGACCGAUCCUGAAGGCGCAUUUCCGGAGGGACGAGUUUCUUGGUCGGAUCAAUGAAAUCGUAUACUUCCUGCCGUUCUGUCACUCAGAGCUGCUACAGCUGGUCAGCAAAGAGCUCAACUUCUGGGCUAAGAAGGCCAAGCAGCGCCAUGACAUCACUCUUCAGUGGGAUCGCCCAGUCCUGGACCUGUUGGCGGGCGGUUACAACAUGCAUUACGGAGCGCGCUCCAUCAAACACGAGGUUGAGCGGCGGGUUGUCAACCAGUUAGCUGCAGCGUACGAGCAGGAGCUGCUGCCCAAAGGCUGCACCCUGCGUCUUUCUGUCCAAUCAGAGGACCAGGAGGAGCGGAGCACGCCCAGUCUGCGCCUUGAAGUGGUAGGAGAGGACAGCUCAUCAAGAACACUGGACAUCCGUCCACCACUCAGCCCCGAACACUAACACACCACAGAGACACACACAGGAUACACUAAGCUGUGUGCACACAUGUACACUUUCCACACACACACUAUCAUCGUCAUCAUCAUCAUCAUCAUCAUCAUAUAGUGUCAGGAGGAUGGAUGGUUCUUGAUGGAUGUUACCAAUAAAAGUACCUCUGAUAAACACA